AUGGUGAUGAUCGGUUUGUACACCGAAAAAUUGCCAUUUCUGUUCGACUUUCUAUGCGACUUAGUUUGUGAUGACGAUGACAAUAGCACCGUCAGAAAUUCAAGCGAUGAUUACUUUGGAUUUGAUGAUAUGUGUUCCUGUGGGCCUCCGACGCCAGCUAACGGAGGAAAUAAAGGAAAACCACCCAAUGUUGAUUUAAAUUUACCUGGAAUUAGUCUUCAAAUGUCCAAUACUAAUGGACAAUGGUCACUUAAUGUGAAUGCAAAUCCUUCUACUCCAGCCAAUUCGGUCAUUCCAUUACCUUCUGGAGGGUCAACUCCUGCACUCCCAGGACCUGGUAUUACUGGCUUUCCUGGAUCUGGAAUGCCUGGCUUUCCGGGAGUUCCUGGAAAUCCUGGCUUUCCUGGAGCUCCUGGCUUUCCUGGAGCUCCUGGCUUUCCUGGAGCUCCUGGAGUACCUGGAGUUUCUGGAAUUCCCUCAGGUGUUCCAACUCCAGCAAGUGCUUCAACAGCCGCAGCUACUACUGCAGCACCAGCUUCUGGAGCACCAGCGUAA